AUGUGCGCCAUACUCUUCGGCGUCUCUCUAUGGAUCAUCUCGUCUCCAAGCACGCUCUCUGCAGCUAUCCAAGGUUUUGGAACUCCUACUGUUAAGGCGCUACUGUCACCACCAACGUUAUCUCUCCAGCUGGGGGUGGCGCUGGCGGCUCUAUCCACAUUCUUCUUCUUCGUGGCCUUCAUGGGGUUCUACGGAGCCAUCGUCAGAUCACAGUUCUUGUUAUUUAUGUAUUCAACGCUGGUUCUUCUGCUAUUGCUUCUGGAAUGUGCUCUUUUUUACUACUUCUCUUCAAGUUUAAUGGAAAAAGGCCUCAGACAAGAGGAUGGGCAGUGGACACACACACUGCGCAUAGCUUUUGAGUGCUGCGAAUACAAUGCUACGAGCUUACCAGAAGUCGUCAAACCUCCUUGGUCCUGUUGUGGCUCCGCUAGCUACCCUGACAACUGUACAGCAUCUACAAUCUACAAUAAGAACUGCAACGUGACGAUCGCGUCAUGGCUGCAUCGCUAUAAGAACGCCAUCUAUGCGUCGCUGGCAGUACUACACAUACUGUUGUCGUCCUGCUCUCUCUUCAGGCGAGUGCGCACACCAACCCCUCCUCGGAAGCGAUCAUGGCACGUGGCUCGUGUUGCACCCGGCAUCGAACCUGGGACCGAUGACGUGUUGAUGGUGGUACUGGGCCGAGGACGCAUCGGCUGGGCUGAUGAUAAAACUUAA